AUGGCUGACUUGGAUCACAACCUCAGUCUCGCGGAUGCUCUGACAGAGCCGCCUCCCGAGAUUGAGGAAGAAGUGAAAAGGGACUUCAUUGCCACUCUGGAAGCAGAGAAAUUUGAUGAUGUGGUUGGAGAAACAGUAGAUAAAACAGACUAUGUUCCUCUGCUGGAUGAUGAUGAUGCAAAAGCUGGGAGCCAGGAACCAAAAAGCAAACCCCAUGCAGACGGUAUUCAGGUGGAACAUACUUCAGCUUCUGGGCCAACAGUUGUAGAAAAUGGUGACCAUGGAAUAGAAGAUCACCGCACAGUAUUCCCAGGAGAAAUCAUGGAUGAAAAGCUGUCUUACAAAGAAUUUCUUGAUCGAAAUGACUCCUGGACGAUGGACGACAGAGACCUGUGCUUUGAAUCACAGCCCGUAUUCAAACCCAUGGAGAUGGCGGACCCCUUCAGCAUGCACAGAGGGGAGAAUCUGCCUGAUUUAUCGUUUCCUACUGACAUGAAGAAUGUGCCGCUGUUCACGGACCAUGUUGAUGCUUCCAGAGACAUCCAUGCACCACAUGGACCCAUGAUGGUACCUGAACAACCUUUCUUGGGGCCCUUGUAUUCUCCUGCAGAGGCUCUGGACCCAUCAGCCUUCAUUGGCCUGGAUUCAACUGCAGAAUUUCUGCAAGACAGAGCAGCGCCUGAAGAACAUUGGAUGGGAGCUCAGCAUGACGUGAAGGGACCAGAUGCCUCUUUCUUUGUUGAGCCACCAGUGCCCCCCACAGUGACUGAAGCAAUAAACCCAAAUUUGCCGGAAAGCCCUGUGGCAGUGGCUCCUGGUUUUGUUCCUCCUGCAGUAACAGCAUCCCCAGGAGAGGCUGAAGCUACUGAUGGACCAAAAGUUGUGGCAUCAGCAGAUGCAGUAUGUGUUCCUGCCUCGGAUGUCAUGUCUGCUUCUGCAGAAAAAGCUGGGUCCAUCCUUGCAGGAGACACCAAGCCUCCUCAAGCUCUGGAUGCUGGAUUUGCACCUACAGCAGAAGCCAGCCCUCUUCAGGCUCUGGAUGUUGGGUUUGCUCCUGCACCAGAAGACAAGCCUCCUAAUGCUGUCAAUGAUGCAUCCACUCCAGCAGCAGAUGUGGGCUUCACUCCAGCAGCAGAUGCUAUGUCCCAUUAUGCUACGGAUUUGGAGUUUGCCCCAGCAGAAGAUGCAGGUUUUGCCCCAGCAGCAGAUGUGGAAUCUCACCAUGCUAUGGAUUUGGCAUUUGCCCCAGCAGCAGAUGUGGAAUCUCACCAUGCUAUGGAUUUAGAGUUUGCCCCUGCAGCAGAAGUCAACCAUGUUCAUGCCAUGGAUUCUGGAUUUGCUCCUGUAGCAGAAGCCAAGCCUCUUCCUGCCAUGGAUUCUGGGUUUGCCUCUGCAGAAGCUAAGUCUAUCUCCGCAGCUGACACCAAGAUUGCUGCAUCUGAAGAGUUGAUGACAUCUGAGUCUUCUCUUGAGCAAGACAAGUCACCCUUUGACAAGGCUCCUGCAGAAGCAACUGCAAAUGUGGAACAGGAAUCGAAAGUCCCAGAAGCUUGUGUUGAUCUUUUAGAGCAGGCUAAAGACAGCAGACCACCUCCCAGCCACCAUGAGGAGCAUCUUCCAGAAGAGACGAACCAUCUUUCCGAACCAGCGGUUUCAGUAGAAGCAAAAGAAGCCGUUGCACUAGAAAAUAAAGACCUGCUUCCAGAAAAAUCUGUUACUAGUGUGGAUGUUACUGUUACAGAGAAGCAAAAGGAGGAAGCUGAACACAACCAUGUCCAACAUGCAGAACCUCAGCAAGAAAAAACCCUGCAAGAGCCCACAGGUCUACCUACUGCACAAAUAAGGCAAGCUAACAAAUCAAGUGAACGCAGGUUUGGCAGAGCAAAACCUGCACCAAUGCCCAUUACAGAUGUACCAGAGGAGCGUCUAAUAGGCCUUCCACAACAGAAGAGUACUGACCCAAAAGUAGACCCCUGUUCUGUAGGGGAACUUGGAUGUGUUGCUGGAACAUCCCCUCGCACUAGGGUUUCACAUAAAAAGGCAACUGAGCAGCCAUCCAGUGUGCCGUCGGAGUUUGUGGAGAGCUGCAGAGGUCUACCAAGGGAGAGCUGGGAUUUGGAAGGUUCUCUGGGCAUUGUGAAGAAAAAGAAAAAGAAACCAAAACAAAAGAGAAACCAGCUGCCAAGAACAAUGGAGUUCUGGGAUGAAAAUGUAACAACAGUCUCAAGAGCUCCUAGAAAUUCUCCAUUUGCUGUUGAAUUGCAAAAACCAGAUGUCUCUCCUGUAAUGCCUGCUGAAGCUCGCAAAAAGCAGUCAGUUGCCUCAGGAAGCAGAGCUUCAGAUAUGCCAAAGGAUGCUAAAAUAAUAACUGGAAGUCAUAUCCUGGAUGAGCAAAAUGCCUUCUCAGUGCCAGCACCAGGACAGCAGGCCCAACACCCCAGCGUGCCAUUAGAAUCUGUGUUGAAUGCAAAAACUGAGGAUGUCAUGAAAACAGAAGAAACGAGAGAUGACAGUUUGAUGUUGCAAUCUAAAGGCAAAAGAAAGGAGGUUCCUUUGGAGCAGGUAGGCAAGACCAAGGUGGGGGAAUCUGUUACAGCAAAGGGGCCAACCAAGCCCACGGAAAGAGAUUUUCUGGAUAAAAACGAGAAGAGGGAGUAUAAGGAGACAGAACGUGCUGACCUGACGGCGUCUCUUUCAGAAGUGAUCGAUCUAAGCAAAGUAGAAACUCCUUUACAGACCAAACCUUCAGAAUUGCUCCUUUCUGAUAAAGAUAAGGAGGCUAAAUGCACAUCUCCCAGGCGUGAAGCGUUCAGUGAUGCUGUCCAUCAUGAGCUUCAGACUUCCAAGGAGCCUAAAGAAAACGAUGGGAAAAAAGAAAUAGCUGAUAUGGGUGCCUUAGACCAGCCGUUCCUGCUGGAGGGUAGGAGAGAGGAAGCAAAGUAUCUUGCCAUGGCUGACACGAUCAGCAAAACAAAAGAAGUAAAUUUGAUUACUAAAGGCAAAGAGGCUGGAAGUACUUCUGCAGGUGAAUCGGUUGUGGUCAAUCCUGAUGCAGCACUGGUGGGAGACAAGCCUAGAAAGAGGUGUAGUGAUGGGAAAAGAAAAAAACCUGAAAAAAGUCCUUUGGGACAAGCAGCUGUCCUAGAUACUGGGGUGGAAACAAGCGAUCUUGCAAGCAAAGAGAAGUUAGCUGGAAGCACAAAAGAAAUGACCUUUGAUAAAGAUAAGGUGUCUGGUUUUGAAAGAGAGCUUUUGCUGGAGAAUCUGACAGGUGUAACCAAACUGGUGCUGGAAAAGCCUGACAUACAGGGUGGCAAUAGAAGAAGUUUCUCUGAUCAGCCAGUUCUUUCAGGUCAUAAAAUAGAGACAUCCGAGCCAGAAAUAGUCAACGCUAAAGAAACUCGGCCCAUGAGUAAAGGUAAGGAACUAGAUUCAUCCGAGCCUCUCCCAGGGCACGGGGCAGACGCAGCUGUGGCACACAGUCCCACCAGGGAACUGGUGAUGGACAAGCCCAAGAAAAAAAGUAGAGAAGUGAAAGGCAAAAAGGCUGAAAAUAGUCUUGAGCGCUCUGUUGUACUGGAUCCAGGUAACAUCCCUGCAGUAGGUGAAGAGGUGGGAAAUAUUAAACAAACUCCACCUUUUGAUAAAGGUAAAGAGACUGAUUCCAGUACUUUAGCGAGUCUGCUAGAUGCCCUAUCUGAUACUACUGAAGUACAAGCUCCUGCGAUGACUCUGGAACCAGAAAAAUCACACACAGGUAACAAAGAGACAUGCAAAAAGACGGAGGCUAACUUGCAGCAGCCAUUUCUUCUGGAGCCUAAAGCAGGUGCAGAGUUAUUGCCUCCUCCUCCUCGUGACGUGGAGAAAACUGACAAGUCUGAAGCAGAAAGUCCCACUCCUUGCAGCAGGGACGGUGGACUUCCUAUCCUAGAGCAUCCAGCAGUGGCAGAUCACACUUUGGCCACAGUUACUGGUAGAUCUAAAGAGAGGGGUUAUGAUGGAAGUAGUAAAAAGGUUAAAAAUGUCUCCGAGCAGCCUGUUUUUCUAGAGCCAAAACCAAACAAGAGUGAAGUGCAACCUCCCAUGGGAUCUGAGAUGGAAUACGGAAUGGAAGACACGGAUUUUGUAGAUGAAAACAGGAAUAUUAAAAACUUUCCCAUUGGCCCUCAAAUGCUUUGGAAUAAUAAAGGAAGCGACUUCGAAUCCUUUGUUCAGAGUGCAGUGACUGGCCCUGAUACCACUGGCAAUGUUUCUUCUGGCUUCCCAAAGCAGACGGAUGAGGAUGCAAGAAGUCAGGGGCUUCCUCCUCCUGAAGCAGUAGCAGAGAAAAGCAGCAAAGAGCCCAGAUCUAGUGCUAAGAAGGAGAUACAGAUGCAGAAAUCUUGCGAGCAGCCAAUCAAUCUGGGACACAAAGAGCCUGGAAAAGAGGUCUCAAAGAAAGAUGGUCAACCCAAAGAGCCUGGUUCCCAGGAUGGCAGUGAGGCAGGUAAACCACUUUCUUUGGAUCAUUCAGUUAAACAGGACAUUAGGUCAAAGAAGGACAAAGUUCACCUUCCUGUGGCAAAGGUGGAUGAUAAAGAAAUAAGAACCACUGAUAAAAAGCACAAUGCUGACGACACGUCUUCAGACCUUCCUGAGAAAGUGGCGGAUUCAAAAAAUAGAGCAGCUCCUGUAGGUGCCAAAGGGACAGAGAAACCAGAAGCAACUGUCUCUUCUGGAGAGGACAGCGGGUGCAUUUCCCCAGAACUUGCAGCAAUACCAGAGAGCAAAGCAGAAGCAGGCGCGUCACAGGUUGUGGCAGAAGCAUUGAUGGAGAAUAAAGCUGAAGAGGCAGAGCCGGAUGGAGGCAAGAAGAGCGAGCAGAGCUCCCUGAAGUACCCGAGCAGUUUGGACAAUAAAGCGACUGAAGCCGAGGCUGCUGGUUUAAAUCUGACAGCUGCCCAACCAACCCAAGUAAGUCCUAAAGCUAACAGUAAAGGUCCUUCUCAGCCUGCAGAAGAGGAUGCUGCUCGUGGUGGGGAAGCUCACCUGAAGGAUGCUCCGGCCUUGAAGUCUGAAGUAGAUAAACCUCAAGAUACAGCUAAAGCAAGAGAAGCUGGUGAACAGAAAGCUGUGAAGGAGGCAAAGAAAGAGAGAGUUAAAGCAGCAGAACAGAUCAAAGGCUACAUGAGACCCACAAAGUCAAGAGGGGUGCCAGCUCUGCCAGCCAGGUCUGCUGCUCCAGAGAGAGAGAAACAAAGGCAGCUGAAACCCACUGGUAUGAGCCGGCAGAGGCAAGAAAAAGGUGUGUGUUUGCGAUUUGAGCUAGCAGCAGUAAUCCAGACAGCUUGCGUGCAAGACCUUGCUAUUUGUCAGUGCGUUGGCAUGAAUACAUAA